GUCUCAAUAGUAGCCAGUCUGUGCAUGACGGUCGUAGCGCGCGGUUGGUCGCGCUCCUGCGCGGCAACAUGUCGCGCCUCCCCGCGUUGUUCGUGCUCCAGGCGCUAAUCGCCUUUGUGAUUGCCGAACAUACCGGCGUGUGCAAUUUAUCUUACUGCAAGUGUGUCCCGGCAAAACACCCUUUGCGGACCAAUGUCAACUGCUCUGUUCCUCAUAACCAGAAACUGAACAUUUUUGAAGGCGACCUACCGGAAAGCACUGAAGUUUUGACCGUGGCCGGUGCAGAAGCCUUAAUGAUAGAUGCGAAUUCUCUCUCUCGGCUGGAAGAUGCACGACACGUGCACUUAUCGCGCAACAAGCUGAUCCUCAUGAGGACCGCUUCUGCCGUCAACCUCAACAUCAUAAAUCUAUACUUAGAAAUCGACAAUUGCGAUGUUCUGAGUAUCGAAACGAAGACCUUCAGCAAUAUUAAAGGGCCGCUCUCUGUGACAAUACGAGACUGCGAUUACGUAUCUUUGGAGGGCAGAGCUUUUUCGUGGCUUUUAUCUAUUAAAAUCGACAAUGUUCGCCACCUACAACUAGGUCCCGGUACCUUUAUGCUAGAUCCAACUGCAGCUAACGUCGGAGAACACGGACCAGGCAUGACGGUUCAAUUGAAAAAUAUUAAGAGCACAGAGUUUCCGGAAAUGACAUUCGGCUCUUCGGCAGCUUUGAUCUCAUUGGAAUCGGUUGAAGUACGCAGUGUUCAAGCUGGAGCUUUCCCUGCCAACACAUAUAAUAUAGUCAUGGCGACAAACUGCACCUUUCAUCGCAUUGAAGGAGAAUCUUUUGCACCAAAAUCACUUAUAAACAAUUUGUAUUUUCAUGGGUGCAAAAUACAUUUACUUGCUUCGAAGUCACUUCAGUCGGCUGUGGCCAAUUUGAAUAUUUCAAGAUCCAGAUUCGAAAAUAUAGAGACAGGCGCCAUAAAUGCCACUGUAGUUGCAGUCGUUAUAAUCGAUAGUGUGUUUCAUAUAUUCAAUGAGAAAGGGUUCGAACUUUCUUCAUGGAACAAACUUCUAAUAGAAAGAAACUCAUUUGACGAAUUAGCACCAAACGCUAUUGUUGCCCCCGGUGGCUCGAUACAUGAAUUAGUAUUUGUAGAAAAUGAAAUUGAGGAUAUGCAUAUGGGAAGCCUUGGAUUUAUAGGCCAGGCGUACUCGAAAUUUUCGGAUAAUAUUCUUUUCGAAAGUAACUACUUUGGUAAGCCCUGUUAUUGCAAUAUUAGUUCUUGGCUAGCAACAGGAUUGGGUACCGCCUCUGGAGAGCCAUUUGAAAGUGAAAGUUAUUGUACUGUUAAUGAGUUCUUUGCUCGUUGUUUUAACGAACCCGAACAGAACAUGGUUUUAAAGAAAUUCUCCGAUAAUGUUUGUAAUGACAAACCAAAUAUUCAAUGCGAAACUUAUAAAAACCCUGACUCAGGGACUGUUCCUAAAAUAAAGAAUCCGAGAUUCCCUCAUAAAAAGAACGUUCGAGGGGAUAUAAGUGAAAGAGAUAAGAAGAUCAUUGGUAUAGUCAUUGUGACUGCUUUAGCCUGUGUCAUCAUAGUUAUGUUUAUAAGUUUCAUCAGAUGGAUGAGACGGCGAGGGCAUUGUGUAAAUUUGAAAAAUCUCAUAAUUUCAUCUAACUCAUCAUGUGGCGCCCUUUGUGAUCGAUUGUGCGUUUGCGGUUUAAACAAUGGCCUAGAUAAUGCUAGAUCCAUUUCACAGCUAUCUGUUAAUGAAUAUUCCGAGCGACAUCGGCUUAAUGAACCACGCGUCGAAGACGUUGUUCAAGAAACUAAUAUUCCAAGUGUAUUUACCCAAGAAGUAGUAGAGGUUGAAAAUAAAUCGACUCAAACAUUACCUGAAGAACUAACUAAAGAGUUAUUAGAAAACUUGAAAGAAAAACUAGAAGAUCCUGAAAAUUAUAUCGAAGCUCGCGAAAUGAUUGAACAUCUUUACGAGCUCAUUAAAGUCGAAGAGAGUUGCAAUAACAACACUCCUACAUUGCUGAAUGUUGAAGAAAAUAUUUACGAUUUACCUUUUCAAAAUACAACCCCACGGAUUGGUAAAAAUAAGAAACAGAUGAUUAGUGUAGGAACUCGUACUCCUUCGCUGGAUAAAUUGACCCCGCUAUCACCAUACAACAGGCAAACUGCAUUAGUGCAUGAAUAUUUUGAGCCCAAAGACUUUGCUGUUCACUUAUAUGCGGAAAUAGCUAAUUGCGACAAAGAAAAGAAGACACUUCUGGGUAAUAUACCUGAUGUUUUGGGCGAACAAGCUGUUCCUCGAGGUCCAUAUCUCCGCGCCGUGCGUGAUAAAAUGAAUUCAAAUGCUAGCGACAGCCCUUCAAUCAAUUCUCCUAACAACACUAUUGGCAGCCCUCAACUUAUGUCCACGAUAAAAUCCAAUAAAUCUACAGCUUCAAACGCUUCAAAAAAAAUGAUAAACAGGCCGUUACCUGAGAAACCUAUUGGAAACGUAGAUCCUGGCGAGGGUACGUCUUUUCGACACGGUUAAACUGGCAAGAAGUGGCGAAUCGCCUUUGACCGCAGCCAAAAUGGUAAUAAUCUUUGCGAUCUCGAGUUAAUUGCGUAAAGUAUAUUAGUGCUCCUGAUGAAAGUAUGAGCGCGACGUUUGCUUAAUGUUUCUUUGCUGUGAUAUUUAGUUUGUUUAUUUAAAAUAAUUAUUUCGAUACGAUUAUUUGUGUCGGUCCAGACAAUGUUGUAAGUUUUUUUUUGUAAAUAUUCUUUAUUAAAAUAUUUAAUUAGAAGUAAGGUCUACAGAAUAGUUAUCUGUCGCUUAUCUUGUAUGUUUAUUAAAUGAAUGUCUAUUAUAUACAAUUAUCAAUUGAUAAUUUAUUAUGUUCUAUGUAAAAUUUUGAAAUAAAUAAUCCUUUAGGCAUUUGAUAAAAUUUAAUAUUCAAUAACUUUACAAAAUAUAACUCUUAAUACCAAAUUGUAGUUACCUACAUUAUUAUAUAGUUAAAAUAAUGUACAUUCUAUUCCAUAAAUAUCAACCUUUACGUUGUACAUUGAUCUAAAAAAUGUCUAAGUAAUCAUUUUACCACACUAUCGUCCCAAAGGUUAGUGAGUGAUUUUAGAGUAUCUUUUACAAAGACAUUACUUUAGUAUACUUCUUAUAUUUUUAUAUAAAUUUGAAAAUUUAUAAGAAUUAUUUUGCAGUUACUAUCAUUUAUUGACUGUUGUAAAAUUUCGACAAACUUUCGCGGAACAUGAACCUAAGUAUGUAAUUUAAGGUCUGAUCGUUUGAUUUAUGAAACUAUUUAAUUAUUGUGACAUCGACUUUGUACUACAUUAAAUAUUUGAAAAGAUCUUAAAAUAUUAGAUGAUCAAAUUCUAACAUAUAUCAAAUUAAAUGUAUGAUUAACGUGCAAUCGAUGUUUAGUAAUAAUAUGUGUAGUAGUUUUGUCUCAAUCAUCUUCUAAUUACUAAUAUGCUAUAUUAUCACUUCGUAGAUGUUAAAUAUUAUAUCAAGUAUGUAGUUAUUCCAAUUAAAAAUAAGCAACUUUUAAAAUAAAUAACAGAACAACGUGCAAUUUCAGAAAGAACGUUUAUUUAUAAAAAGGUUAUUAUUCUAUGUCAUAUGCAAUCGCAAUAAAGCAACUAAAGUUUUAAAUUU